GGUCAGUUUAAUCAACAAUGUCUUCCUCUGAGAGUGCUUCAUCAGACGAAGAGACAAAACGCCGUGCUCCAGCCACUUCAGAUUCCGAUUCUGACUCAGACGCAGGUCCAAAACCUGGAAAACCUCUCAGUACCGACUCCUCGGCAUCCGAUUCAGAUGCCGAAAAACCACAGGCAAAGCCUGCAAAAAAGAAGACUUUAACAAAGCGAAAGCGGCGAGCUACUGGAAGUAGUGACGAUGACCAAGUAGAUGAUGAUUUAUUUGCUGACAAAGAAGACAAAGCAAGAUGGAAGAAAUUGACAGAAUUGGAAAAGGAGCAAGAAAUUUUUGAAAGGAUGGAGGCUCGUGAAAACGCGAUUGCUCGAGAAGAAAUUGCUCAACAACUUGCUAAAAAAGCAAAGAAAAGUUCUGAAAAGGGAGUCAAAACCGAAAAACGAAGGAAAAUGAACAGUGGUGGAAGUGAUGCAGGUUCCCCGAAACGCAAAGCUUCAUCGGAUUCCGAUUCUGAGAUGGAUGCUGCUUUCCACCGACCCAGUGAUAUUAACCGCAAACAUAAAGAGAAGAAUGCUAUGGAUGCUCUGAAGAACAAACGUAAAGAGAUCGAAAAGAAAAAUGCAAAAAACGAAGCACUCUCUAUCGAUGCUGUUUUUGGAGCUAAUUCGGGAUCUUCAAGUUCGUCUAGUUCAAGCGAAAGCUCUCGUUCAUCAUCUUCUUCCCGCGAAUCAUCACCAGAACGUGUAUCCGAAAAAGAUAAGAUAGUAAAGAAAGAUGUUGAUGGACUUUCGGAACUUCGAAGAGCUCGAUUGUCCCGUCAUAAACUUUCAUUGAUGAUUCAUGCCCCAUUCUUUGAUUCUACUGUCGUAGGAUGCUAUGUUCGACUUGGACAAGGGCAAAUGAGUGGCUCAGGAAGCAAAUAUCGGAUAUGGAAGAUUGUCGGUGUGGAGGAAUCCAACAAAGUCUACGAAUUGGAAGGAAAAAAGACAAAUAAAAUCAUAAAAUGUCAGAAUGGUGGAUCAGAACGACCAUUCCGUAUGCAAUUCGUUUCAAAUGCUGAUUUCGAACAAAUUGAGUUUGAUGAAUGGCUUCUGGCAUGUAAGAGACACGGAAAUCUUCCAACCGUCGAUAUUAUGGAUAAGAAAAAACAAGAUAUCGAAAAAGCAAUCAACCACAAGUAUUCGGACAAAGAAGUCGAUCUGAUGAUCAAGGAAAAGAGCAAAUAUCAAACAGUUCCACGAAAUUUCGCUAUGACAAAAGCUAAUUGGUCCAAGCAAAAAGAGCUGGCUCAACAACGAGGUGACAUUCGAGAAGCCGAACAAAUUCAAACUAAAAUCGAUGAGAUUGAACGACAAGCUGAUGAAUUGGAGAAAGAGCGAAGCAAGUCAAUUAGUGCGAUUGCGUUCAUUAACCAUAGGAAUCGAUCAAAAAUAAAGGACCAAGUCCUGAGUGGGCAAUUGAAGAUCGAAGAGAAUUCACAGGAUGAUCCUUUUACACGUAAGAAGGGAGGUAUGCGUGUUGUUUCUGGAUCUAAAUCAAGACUUGACGGAACUCUUUCCGCAUCUUCAUCAACCACAAAUUUAUCUGACGGCGGAAAAGACAAAAGUUCAUCAUUGGCUAAACCGACGCAACCUCCUCCAUCUACUCAAAUAAAGAAAAAAACUGAUAUAUCCAGUCUGCAUGACUUUGAUCUAGACAUCGAUUUGGGUAAAUUGAAGGAUUUUAGUACGCCGGAAUCGUCAGGAAACAAACGUCCAUCAAUUAGUUCUUCCAAAGGAGUGUCACUUAGUGAUUAUCGAAUGCGUCGAUCAGGAGGUGGUGACGCUGGAUCCUCCACAUCAGCUGCACCAUCCUCAGCAGUUUGAACUGUCUUUUUCUACAUCUCUUUGAUUUUCUCAGCGUUACCCCCCUCAUCCCUCAUCGUUACGUUUUACUUAUUUUCUUUCGUUUUAUAAACUGAUCAAAACUUGUUCAAUUCCUUCAUUAUACUAUUCCGUUCAUUUUUUCCAAUUUUUGAGAACACAUUUUUUUAGCUUUUAAUUUCGUCAGAAUAAAAUAAAUCGUAAUAAAGAUAGCAAUUGCAGAAUGCAAGAAAUGGAACAUUUUAUGAAUCCUUCACCGUUUGUUUUAGAUCUUUCCCACUCACUGAUACUCCUCACCAAUCCCAAACCUUUAAUUUUAAAUUUUCUAUGUGAUUCUAUUGAUUUUCACCCUCAUUCAUCUUUUCAUGUUUUAUUCCUUUUUUGAUUCCUUGUGACUACUGUAUUCCUAGGUUAACGGAUGUAAACCAAAAAUCUGUGUGAAUUUUUUGAAACUUUUCUAAUAAUUUUUCGUGCAAUUAAUGAAUAAACUCAAAGUUCUU